AUGGGGAACUUCAAGAGACCGCGGAAACGUAGCGAACUGCACGAAGAAGCACAUUCCAAUGUCACUGAGAAAAAGAGAGCCGGUCUCCCCCAACGCUUUGUGGUAGAUGCACAGCACUCGGCCUCCACCCCACAGAAAUUCACAGAGUUGGAAAGCGUCUUAGGCUCUUCCUACGCCGUUUGUGGCCGUCUAGCUUUCCAAAUGGGGCUUUACCACCUAGCCGUGACCAACUUUGCUAAAAGUCUCGAGAAAUCGCCCCAUGAUGCAGGUAUUUUGGUCGACUUUGCCAAAGCCUUGGGAGGCCAGUCUAAUCAAGAAACAAUUGUCAUUUCAACGCUGGUUGAUGCUCUUCAACACCGCCAAGAUUAUUCUGAUGAACGCAUAUGGGCUCAACUAGCCCAAUCCUAUUUUGUCCUUCAAAAACCAGAAGACGCCUUUCAAAGUGUGUCGCGAGCUAUUGCAGCGCAAGAAACUCGUGGUACCAAGGAUGCUGAUCUCUGGGUUCUUCAGUCACGCAUACUUUUGUUGUGGAUGGACUCAGAUGGGAAAAUGAGUCUCGAGACUCUAACACCUUAUUUCUUAGGUGCCGUGCAAAUGUCAAUAAGCUCAGGAAACACAAGAAGAGAGCUGCAGGCGAGAAUAUCUUUGGCACAGCUGUACCACAGGUUUGCGUGUUACACGGAAUCUCAAACAGAGGUUUCCCAUGCGUUCACGCUGAUACGAAAUUGUCCUUCUUUCGACUUACUCAAGCCGAUCGGCGUUAUCGCGCGUUGCUACCUCUACAACUUCAUGUGCAUUAUCAAGUUCAAGUUGAAUCAGAAGGCAGAGGCUUACAAUGUUCUUCAUGAGGCGAUGAAUACACUCCCGCAGGUUUCGGGAACUUCCCGCUUAUUGGCAACUUUAGCUCAAUUCUACAUGAUUGAUGGUGAUCUUGAAAAUCUCAAAAAGCUUAUCCCGGCUAUGGUCUUAGAGAAAGAAUGCCUGGCAGCUAAUGACACAACUAGACUCUAUCUUUUCAGUUGGUUGUUGGGCCGAAUAUUCGAUAUGCUAGAUGACACCAAACAGAGCUAUGAGUUCUAUCAACUUGCAGUCAAUUAUAAACCUCAAUCUGCAUCUUUGUGGAUUGGCAUUGGAUCGCUUUAUCUCCGGAUGCGUCAGUUUGAGGAUGCACAUAUUGCAUUUUCGCACGCUUUGAAUAAUGCUUCAAAACUGGAAAAUUUUGAACACCCUUUUCUCUUGCGAUUUAAUCGUUUAUUUGCUGCCUUUGCGUGGGUCGGCUUAUCACAAGUGUUUGUUUCCACCUUUCGCAAACAGAACGCACUUGACGCCUUGAGACAGGCUUCAGUUUUGUUCACGUCCGAGGGCGACCUUAUUCAUGCUAGACACAUCGACAGAAUAUUCAAUGAUGUGCUAGCAUCUAGCAACGAGCAUCCCGCAUACAUUAUCAUGAAUGUUCCGCCGCAAAUUCUGCUAGAGCUUUUUCUCUAUUACGACGCUGGAGUCUUUUCAGCCGACCUGCGCCCUCCAGAAGUUACCAAAUUCACCUCUUGUGAGCCUACUCUACAGACGAUGCCAGCCAUGGUUCGUCAUCCUCCAAUCGCUACGGCCUUGACGUACUCCCCACUACCCAAUGCUCCAAACCUUGUUCCAUCACAAGUUUUUCAGGAGCUAAAUCAGAGAUGCAUGAACUCUUCGGAAACUUUGCUGGCUAACGUACCACCGGUUGGUGUUCAAAAAUCUGCAGUACCCGCGCCAUUCAACUUACCCCAUAAUCUUCAAGGGCCCUCGGUUUAUAAUUUGAAAAGCGAAACCAAACCUUUCGCGAUCUGA